UCAUUAAAAAAUAUAAUGGUAUGAUGGGCUAGAUAUGGUGAGGCAUUUGUCGAAUUAUUUUAAGGGCAGUCAACCAACGAACUUAGCUGCAAAAACGUGUCAUUCAAACUUUCAUUAAUACAAUACAACCGCAUUAUUUUCUCAAUCCCCUUCCAUUUCACUACUACUCUCAUUUUUAUACUCAGAUUUCUCGCUUGGCUCUGAAAAUGGAGUGGUAAUAAUGGUGGAUUUGGUCAACAGCUCUACUUCUCACACUGCAUUGGGUUUGUUUGGUUCAAGGUUCUCAUUGAUGAUGGUGGUGUUCAUACAUAAUGUAUUGAGUAAGAGAAGUUCCUAGGUUUCUGUGCUUAUGUAUCUUCUGAGUGCCCCUGAACUUGUCUUCAAGCGUAGUAUUUCCAUAGUUGUAAGGAUUGUGGUGCUUCUGUGUGGCUAUUGCAAGUUAUUCACAGAGUCGUGGUGUCACCAGUUGUCACCGUUGGGUUUUUAUUUUGAAGAGGAAGAGCACAGCAAUUUUAAUAUGGAGCCACUGAAAAAUCAUAAUAUCAUGCAGUAUUCAUCAGAAUGUGGAAACGAAGAUCUUGGCCCUGUAUCACUAGUUCAUAGGACAGGUGCUUCAGGUCAUGAAAAUCCCAGUUUGCAGUACCCAGAGAAUAAUUUUUCAGAAUCUAAACCUGUACGUAACUUCUCUAUACAGACUGGUGAGGAGUUCGCUCUCGAAUUUAUGCGUGACAGGGUCAAUCCCAAGAUUCCAUUUAUUCCAAAUGUAUAUGGGGAUCCCAGUUAUGUGCCGGGUUACUUGGACCUGAAAGGCAUAUUAGGCAUUAGUCACACUGGAUCUGAAAGUGGCUCAGAUAUACCCAUGGUUGCUGCAAUGGGAAAAACUUCUAUAGAAAUUGAGCAGAGAAAUAUGUCCUUACAUGGAAACAGAGGUAACGAUGGCUCUCUGCAAGCAAGACAUGUCUCUUCAGAUUACAACAGCCAGUGCAUGCUAAUACAUGCCUCUUCUGAGGUAUCUGAUAGCUCGUCACAGAAGCUUAAGGUUCUCUGCAGUUUUGGUGGUAACAUACUGCCUCGCCCCAGUGAUGGAAAGCUCAGAUAUGUUGGUGGUGAAACACGCAUUAUCCGGAUAAGCAAGAAUAUUACAUGGCGGGAGUUAUGGUCGAAAACUAUUGCAAUUUAUGAUGAGACGCAUACCAUAAAAUAUCAGCUCCCUGAGGAGGAUCUUGAUGCUUUAGUCUCUGUAUCAAGUGAUGAAGAUCUGUUGAACAUGAUGGAGGAGUGCAAUUUACUCUAUGGGAGAGAAGAAUCAAGAAAGCUUCGGAUGUUUCUAUUCUCUCUUGAAGAUUUGGAAGAUGCUCAUUUCAGUCUAGCCAACACCGAUGGUGAUUCAGAGAUUAAAUAUGUAGUUGCUGUCAAUAGCAUGGACAUUGUGUCGCGGAAAAGCUCUACCUUGCGUGGGUUAGCAAGCUCAUCUGGAAACCAUUUGAAUAAAUUGGACACUCUUAAUGUUGAAAGGGACACAAGUAGGGCUUCUGGUGAAUUUGAUGGGAUUAAUGCCUCAGAUAUGUCUGGCUUUGUUGUCCCAUCAACAGUUGGUGAAUCAUCUAAAUCUGUUCCACCAAAUUCCUCCAAUGUUUAUGAAACUGCACAGUUCGACCACGGUCAGAUCGUGCACCAUCAUGAAGACAAGCAUCAAACUCCACAUUUUGACUACAAUCUGCAUUCUCCCUAUCAUGCCCCUUCAGAAAGUGCUGUGCCUCAAUCUUCUUAUGGGGCUGUUUCUCAGCAUAAAGGUCUUGAAGGGAAGUCUCCUGGUUCCUCAGACGCACAAGGCACACAAAUACAAGAAAAGGAGGCAAAACUGAAAGUUGAUGUUUCAAUUCAACCAGAAAGUAGAAGCAAUGGUAACAGAGAAGUUAAUUUUCCAGUUGAAGAGUCAACAGUUGCGAUCCCUAAACUGGACAAGGAUUCCUCUUCUAAAAAGACAGAAGGGAGGACCCCAGAAUCUGUUCCUGCCUCUAAAGCUUUUGAUGUUGCAAAAUCCAGUGGAAAUGAACAUUUUGCAUCUGGUAAUGCUCCAGCUCCCGAGUCUGUUAACUCAGAAUCUGAUCCUGCUGAUCUGGGCCACUCUGAGUCUUCUAGUCCUCCUCAAAGGAUCUAUUAUUCUGAACGAAUUCCUCGAGAGCAGGGCGGGCUUCUUAACAGAAUAUCAAAGUCAGAUGAUUCUCGGAGUUCCCAAUUUAUUGUUAAUCAGUCUCAUACUGAUAGUACCCAGCAAGAUUUGCAAGAUAUAGUUUCGGAAUUUGCUGAAAAAUUGCAAAAUGGAAAUGUAGAUAUUCCCGCCGAGCAGUCGAUUUCUACUUAUCCCAUCGAGCCUGAAACCUUUGAUAAUGGGCAUCAAAGAACUCAAAUGGUAGAUACACUUGAUGUUAAAAAUCCCUUGCAUGGAAGUCAAGAUCUGACAGAGGUAGGAGCUGGUUUGAAGCUUCCCGCUGAGAGCCACGAGGGUUCGACAAAACAUUCUGAAGAUCCUACAGCUCAUUGGGUCGAUGGGGUUGGGUGUGAGGCCAUUCCUAAUAAUGCCCAUGAGCAUUCUCAACUUCCAAGAAUGGCGGGAACUCAGGGAGAAUCCAAGGCUGCUUUACCCAGAACCGAGCAAGGAGACAUACUUAUUGAUAUCAACGAUCGGUUCCCUCGUAAUCUUCUUUCCGAUAUAUUUUCUAAAGCUAUUCUUUCAGAUAACUCAUCUGAUAUCGGUCCCGUACCUAAAGAUGGAGCUGGGUUGAGCGUGAAUAUGGAAAACCAUGAGCCAAAGCACUGGUCCUUCUUCCAGAGGUUGGCAGGGGAUGAGUUUUUGAGAAGGGAUGUUUCUCUUAUUGAUCAAGACCAUGUUAUACUUUCUUCUGGAAUUACAAAAGUUGAAGAGGAGGCACCUUUAGCAUAUGACUUUGUGCCACUUACAAGAGAUGGAAUUCCUCCUAGUCACCCAGAAUUCCAGGAGAGUUACUGCGAACAUGAUCAGAAAAAUGUACCAGCUGGAGAUCAACCUCACUCUAUGGAUCUUCAUUCCAAUUUUGAUGCACCACAAGCGAAAGUCAACGAGGGUGUUCAGUAUAGUGAUUUGACGGAUAAUAUGAGAAUUCCAAAUUCAGAGUAUGAGGAUGGGAUUGGAAAUAUUGGCUUACCUCCUCUAGAACCAUCCUUGGAGGAUUUUGAUAUCAACUCAUUGCAGAUUAUACAAGAUGCGGAUCUUGAAGAAUUGAGGGAACUUGGUUCUGGCACAUUUGGAACGGUAUAUCAUGGAAAAUGGAGAGGCUCAGAUGUAGCUAUCAAGCGCAUAAAGAAAAGCUGCUUCACGGGUCGACAAUCAGAGCAAGAGCGAUUGACCAAUGAGUUUUGGAGGGAAGCGGAUAUACUCUCAAAGCUUCACCACCCGAAUGUGGUAGCAUUUUAUGGUGUUGUACAAGAUGGACCUGGGGGUACAUUGGCUACUGUCGCAGAAUUCAUGGUUGAUGGAUCUUUGCGACAUGUUUUACUUCGUAAAGAUAGACACCUUGAUCGCCGGAAGCGGCUUAUAAUUGCCAUGGAUGCAGCUUUUGGGAUGGAAUAUUUGCAUUCAAAGAAUAUAGUGCACUUUGAUCUGAAGUGUGACAAUUUGCUUGUUAAUUUGAAAGAUCCUUCAAGACCUAUAUGCAAGGUGGGUGAUUUUGGUCUAUCAAAAAUAAAGCGGAAUACAUUGGUUUCUGGUGGAGUUAGGGGAACUCUGCCUUGGAUGGCUCCGGAGCUAUUAAAUGGUAGCAGCAGUAAAGUAUCUGAGAAGGUUGAUGUCUUUUCAUUUGGUAUUGUCUUGUGGGAGAUACUCACUGGAGAGGAACCUUAUGCCAACAUGCAUUAUGGCGCAAUCAUAGGAGGCAUUGUGAACAACACACUGAGGCCGACGAUCCCGAGCUACUGUGAUUCAGAAUGGAGACAACUAAUGGAGCAGUGUUGGGCCCCGAAUCCAGUGAUGAGGCCAUCAUUUACAGAGAUCGCUAGCCGCCUGCGUGUAAUGUCGGCUGCAGCCCAACCACGGAAGGCAGCUUCAUAGGGUUUUGGUAUGUUCUUUACUGAUCAAAGCAAUUAGUUGAUUCAAUUGUAAACACUAGGGAAAAACUCAGCCAUGCAACACGUAGAUCAACAUAUACAGAUGCCAACUUUGUGUAACAUAUUAUCGUGAACAAUGGAUUUAGUUGCCUCUUUAUAUAUA